AUAAACGAAUUUAUGGAAUUGAUCUAUCUGAUAGUGGAUUAACUUAACUGUGCCAAAAUUAACGAUAGUGUAACCAAAUCCUAUUCAUUGACUUGACAAUAUUUUAAUAAACCUUGAUAUAUAGAUCAUAUUGUCCCGUAAUGGCGGAUUCAUUUAAUACUACACAUAAUAACGAUGAGGAAGAUUUGAUAAAUAAAGAAUUAAAUCAAGAAGAACAAAAUACAGUAGAUUGUUCGGAUAACAAUGUCCCUUUUCCAAUGACAACUGAAUAUGAACUAGACAACUCAAAUCAACAUAAUAAUGGAAACGUAACUGAAUCAUCAAAUGAAUAUGUUAUAGAUAAUAAAAAUGAUCUAAUAACUGAAGUUGAAACACGAAAUCUAACUCAAAGUGGAUCCGGUUAUAAUUUGGAAUUAGAAUGUAAAGAAAUACAUCCAAAUGUAAAUGAGAAUAAUGAUACAGAAUUGCAAAAUACCAAUGAGUUAUGUAUAAACGAGAAGAUAAAAUCUCAUAAUAACAACACAGAUUUUCAGAUGAAUGACGAUGAAGAAACAAAACUUAAUUUGGAAUGUUCAGAGUCCACCAAUUACUGUGAUCAAGAGCCUAAUACAAGUAAAUUCUUUGAACAUAUCUCCGAAGAAGAGUUUGAACCUACAGCUUUAAUAAUUGACUUCAAUGAUUCCACUGAAGUAUAUAUAGAAGAAAAUCACCCUCCUAAUGAUAAAUCAGAGACACAUUCCAAUAUUAUAGACGAUCAAGAAGGUGAAAGUAACAUAAAUACUGCAAAGUCAGAAUUUUCCGGAAUAAGAGAAAGUAAAGACAUGAUUGAUGAUCAUAGCCCUCUGGAAGGGACAAGUUUAUCAAGUGUAAAAAUCGAUGAAAUAGACAGGAAUAAAUGUGAAACAGUAUUGGAAGCGUCUUUUGAUCAUUUAACUGAAAAACAAGUUAUGCCUCAACAUCUUGAUGACGUACACUUGACUGAGGACAAUGAAAGAGCAGAAAAUUUAUUUGAGCAAACUACACCAGAAGAAGUAAUGAAUCUAACUGAACGAGGUGAACAGCUUCCCACCGAUGAAAACGAUAUACCGUUUGACUUUGUUGUACAUGAUAUAAACGAGGAAGUAGGUGGAAAUCUCGAUAGAAUUAGUACAGGUGGUGUUGAAGGCAAUAUUCAAACACCUCUUGAGAAAGUCGAAACAAAAUUUGAAUACGAUAUAUCUACAUCAGUUGACCAACCAGAAAAUAGAAGUGGCAAACAGUCACACACUCAAGUAGAUCAAAAUGAAGAGGAAAUACACAAUGUACCAUCUGAAUCCCAUACUGGGGCUUAUACUUCAUUUGCAGACUACUUAAAAGAUGUCGAAUUUCCCGCAGUAGAAGAACAGACAACUUCAGAAUAUGAAUCCCAUCGUAAAGAAAAAGACAACAGUGAUCUCAUAAAUACACUUUCCCCUGAAUUGAAUCAUACGACAGAAGAACGAAAUUAUAGUACUGAUUUUAUUACAGAUGUCCUUAAUAAAGAUGAUUAUGACGAUGGCAAAAACAAACUGUUUACUGAAGAUCAAGAUAAUGUUGAAAAAGAAGACCACUUACAGUGGUCCGUAAAUGGUGACUCAUUAUAUAUUCAGCAAACUAACUCUCCAUCGAUGAAUGACGAAAAACAUACUGAAAUCGAUGCUAUAAACAACCGAAUGUCAUUAUCUGAUAAAGACAUAUGUGAAAAAAAUGGUCUGGAAAGUGGUCCAUUAUUGUACGCCACACAAAAUCUUAUCAAUGAGUUACAGACAGUUGAACACUUAACAGAUGACAGACCAGAACCGUUGAAUAUCUCUGUAGAUAUUCAAAGUGAUGAAUUAUGUAACGCUGAAAUACAUAAAAGGUCAACAGUGGAAUGUUAUGUAACAGAGCACUAUUCCAAUGAUGAUGAUGAUAAACGCAGUAUCAGUAAUUAUAAAGUAGAAAACAUCUCACCCGAAUAUUUUGAAGAACAUCAAUCUUUAAGGAAUGAAAAUAAGGAAAAUCAAUCAACUCCAGAAACGUUAAACAACCAGCUGGAAUUCAAACCUUUAAAUGAUAUAAACAAAAAUACGGCACUUAGGAGGAUAGGUGAUAAUGUUGAUGAGAUAAGCCUGAACUCAGAAGGUGAACAUAGAACCGAAUUUGAACAACGUUAUGCAGAAUUAAUUGCAAAGUAUCUACCAGUUGAGAAACAAUCAAAAAAGAAUGAUAGAUCAAGACGAACUAAGACACUAGACAGAUAUAGUAAAUCCAAAUUUAAUGAGAAUAGAUACUCAUAUAUAGAUACAAGUGAUGUUAAAAAAAGAGCAGUAACCCUUGAACGCAAUGAAUUUAGACGCAAACGACGCCUGCAACCAAAACCAACUGUUAAUGACGAUUAUUUGUAUCCAGAUUCUGUAACACCAUCUAAGGUAGACAAAAGUAUUAGCGUACGAAGUUUAGAGGAGGGUAUCCCAGAAGGUGCUUAUGAUGUACCAUAUAUUGAUGAUGACGCUUUCUUGCCACGAAGAUUACGUGAAAAUAAAGGUGAAGAUAAUGGAUCAGAUGAAGGUAGUAGUCUGAGUCUGGAAGAAGAUUACUGGUCAUGGAAUCCUGACAGAUUUAGUAGAUUAGAAGCUAAUCAUAUCGCUGAUACUAAUGAAUGUGCUCCCACUCCAGAAAAUCAACCAAAAUCUAAAACAAUAACGUCAAUAUUAAGUAAAAAGAAGAAAGAUCAACCAAAACAGAUUUUGAUCGUUCAACCGAAAACAAAUAGUAAUAAAUCAAAGAAUAAAGGAAAAUCAUUAAUUUGUGGAUGUGUUAGUAGGAAAUCAAAAAACAGAUAA